AUGCGGAGCCCUGGCUUCCUGGGUCUCCCCGGGCCCACGGGCGAGCGUGCCCCGGCGGCGCACUCAGGGGCCGCGUCCCUGACCCUCGGUGGGCAGGGUUUGCUAGUGCGAGGCUGUUCCGCCCCAUCCCGCACUUCUCGGGACUUUCUCAGUGCGCCCUCCCGGGAUUACCCUCGAGUCCAGCUCUCUCAGCCCCUACGGCCUUCUCGCCGGGGCCCAAGGUCAGUCUGGCUCUCCAAUUUCGGGUACUUUUCCCGGGCUCUGCCUGUGCACGGCGCGGGGGCCGGACCCUGGGCAGGAGCGGGGCUGGAGGCCAGGUCACCGGCGCGGUCUGAGCGUGACCCCCGGGCGCGGAGGACGUGGGGGCGGGCCGCGCCUGCUACUCAGCCUCGGCGGCGGGAAUGCGGACCUCUGGCCUUCGGCGCGUUGGCUUCUGCCCUUGCCGAGGGCCGAGGGCCAUGGCCGCGCAGCCUGGGCCCGAGGACGCUGGCCCUUCGAGGGAGCCCCACCCGGCCGCGCCCUCGCGCCCGCGAUCCCUCACAGGGGUCGGCUUCCAGGAUCCCCUGGCCCGGUCUUCUCAACGCCGCCGGAAACGCAGUCUAUUACCCUUUGGAAAGCUGGCAGGGAGGGCGACUGGCUCCCCUCUCUACCGCGAAGGUGCAUUCACAGAGUGCCCUGGAUGUUGGGCCGGCGCUGACGCCGCGGCCGGCCUUGCGCCCUGGGACCCCAACUUGGCGGAAGUUUCUGGAUGGCUCGGAGGCCAGCGCGAGCCCGGCUCCCGCUCUCCAGGUCUUGGCGCUACGCAGCAGUGGCGGACCCGGGACUGGGGCGGGGGGUGCGAGCGGAAAGUUCACACCAGGCGCGCGCGGAACAGCCCUCCCCCUCCCGCGGGUGGGUAGUGGCGCGGGCGGAGGGCUGGGCGCAUGCGGCGGCUGGGGCACUGAGCGCCGGCAGGGAGACCGGGCUGGGCCUGGGUGCGGGCGCCGCGCGGGUGUACCGCCUGGCCCAGCCUUGGGUGGUGUCGCGGGUCGGCGGCCAAGCGCGGCUGCGGCCCUGAGCCCUGCACGCCGCUCCCGGAGUGGGGGCUCCGGGGGCUGCGGGCGCUGUCUCUUUAAGGUCACUGCCUGCUCCGGCACGACGUGGGGAGGACAGCUGGGCACUGGCCAUCUGACUGACUCCGGCGUGACAUCUGGGAGCCCACUGGCGGGCCGCGCCAGAAGCGGGCGAUCCCGCAGUGUCCUGCAGCCGCGGACGCCGCCUGGCUAGGAUGACACCACGUUGAGCGCGCCUG